AUGAACGAAAAAGAGAAUGAAAAGCUACUAGGACUUGCCAAAGCAGCCGAAUAUUCCUGUCAAGUUUCUCCUGCAAGUCCUGACAGUGAUUUACCGCAGUACAGCGAGCUCUCUUAUUCACAUCUGGAUAAUUUGGAAAAAGGAUGUUUAUGUUUACAUCCAAAUCUCGUUCCUGAAAACAAGAGGGACGAAUUGUCAGACGACGCUUCUGCAACAAUGUGUUCAGACUACUGUGGUGCGUUUUGUGGUAGUGUUAAGAGCGGAUUCUUGUAUAUUUCUAGCCCAGCGGCAUUUGCGAGAAUUCCACCUGCUGCAAAAAGAACGACAAAUGAAGGACUUCGAGUUUUUUGGUGUUAUUUAUUCUCACUGAUACUUGAUUUUUCAUUUUCAUAUUACGUUCUCUUUCCUUUUUUAAAGAAUAAUAUGCUGAAAGAUACUUCCAUAAAGGUUCAGUAUAGUGUGGCAGCUAUUCUUAUCGUCUUGGCCUUUUGGUUCUCUCUAAACUUGGUUUCAGUUUUAUUGGACUUGUUGAUUUUCUCUUUGGAUUUACUUCCCUUGUUGGCUUCUGCAGUUUCCAAUGCAGUUUCCAAGGUUCUUUCUGUAGUGUUUGAUUGGAUUUCGAAAAUCAUCACCUAUUCUUUAGGUUACGAAAUGACAUUUGAAGGAACCGAGUCGACGGGAGAAAAUCAACUUCCAAUUCAUGCAAUACCUCUUGGAAAUCUAGAGGAGCCAAAUAAUCCUAAUAGUCUUAGAGAUGAGGAACCAUCUUCUGAACGUUUCGAACAGUAUGUAAGACGACAACAUCACCAAUCUAGGGAUACGGAAAGCGGUAAAAAUCUGCAAAGCAGCAGCUAAUUCUUUCUCCCCUUAAUUUUUUAUACAUUUUGUAGAUUUACACUUUCCGGGUUCUCUGCUCUAAGGAAAGGUUUCUUGUUUCUCCCUUUCUCUUCUCUGCUUGCAUAUUAGGUUUUCUUGUCUUUUUCAAAAGUGUUGCUUAUGUUUUGUUCUCUUUCUUUCUGCAUAUUUGGCCAUGAAGUGCACUGACGUUUUACUAUCGUACAUACUGUGUUAGUCUUGCUCUCUUUCCGUUGAACUUGCCAUUUUUUUUAUUCGCAUUUGCAGUUGCAUUUGAAUCCGUGUAACAUUUUUAAUUUUCGUGUUAGGUUAUAUGUUUAGUUUUCUUUUUAUUCUAAUUGGCUAAUGAAGUAUUGAUAAACG